ACAAGUGUUUUAAAUUGUAGUUGAUGUUUAUGUUGCUAUAGCAACGGUAUUAAAUAGAACCUAACAAAAAAGCAAUAUGGCGCUUUCCAAUAAAAAUGAUGAUAUUGACGAAUCUCUUCCAAAUGUGGAAUUAAUUUCAACUAUAGGAUUUCAAGGUAAUAUAAAACAUGGAUUGAUAGUUCAUCCGGAUAAAAUCCAUUUACUGUAUGGAUUAGGAAAUACUAUUGUGAUCAAGGAUAUUCUUCACAAGAAAGAAUGUUUUUUAAAUGGGCAUUCAAAUUCUAUUACCUGUUUGGCAGUAUCUAAGAAUGGGCAUUAUAUAGCAUCUGGCCAAGAAACUCUCAUGAAUUAUAAAACUUGUGUGAUACUUUGGGAUUUUCAUGAUAAAAAGGAAAUCGACAGAUAUACUAUUCACAGAGUAAAAGUCCUUUCAUUAUCUUUUUCUCCUAAUGAUCGCUAUCUUUUUUCCCUCGGUGGCGAAGACGAUGGAAAUAUCGUUUGUUACAACAUAGAAGAUAGAAAACUUUUGUGUGGUUUGCCUGCAACAACUGGUAAAGAAGGCAGAGCUAAUAUCCUGAAAUGCGGUAACAUAUUCGAUAAAGUAUUGGUUACAGGUGGAAGAGAAACGUUGAAAGUUUGGUAUUUAAAUAACUUUAAUAAGAAACUUAUUCCAGAAAGUGUUCGAAUGGGUUACAUCAAAAGAGAAAUCAUUUGCCUGGAGGUUAGAUUUUAAACUGUUUUCUUUAUU